CACGCGGGCACCUAUGAUGAGUGAAAGCGAGAUUUACUUUUCGUACGGCUCGUAUAUGAAUGUGGAGCGUCUCAAAGAGCGAGGAGCUGUCGUCUCUCGUCGAUGUCUGGCUCGUCUUCUCGGCUACGAGUUGCGAUUCGACAAGAAAUGUCCGAUUCCUGGUGCUGCCUUUGCCAACCUACAUCCGUCCACCACAGCUCCAGCUUUGUAUGGAUUUCUGCAUUUUUUUGGAACAAGGCUCGUUGAACCAUUUGGACAAGUCGGAAAGGGUAGAUCAGGGUCAUGCGACUCGAAGAAAGGUGAUGGUGACCGUCGUAGACGGCGAACUCGCAGACAAAGAGUAUGAAGCUUAUGCUUACGUUGCGACACCAGAUUAUGUAACAGACGGGCUGAGACCGACGAAGGACUACUUGGGGCAUCUACUGGAGGCGAGCAGCGAAUUACCUGACGACUAUGUUCGCUUUUUGUUGUCUUUUAAAGAUACUGCCUUAGAUGUGAAUUCAUCUCAAUUUUGAUCGUUUUUGUGUAGACGUUGGAAAUCCCUUUCUAUGUGUAGCUUUGUUACUUUAGUAGAGCUGUAUGUGGCUAUUAAGUCACAUGGUCAGAUGUAAAAAAUUCAGUUUGGAAGCAAGGAAAUCAUUGCAAUCAUGCAUUC